GGCGAUGCUUUCGCUGUCCUCAAUAUGGCUGCUGGUAGCCAAGCCGCCACCGAUCGGGAACCAUUCGCCACCGCUUGCGCCAAACUACUCCCCUCCGCCCGCUCCGACGCCGCCUCUGCCUCCGCCGUCGCCUCUGCCUCCGUCGCCGUCCUCCCCACCGCCACCCUCCCCGCCACCGCCCUCGCCGCCGCCGCCCUCGCCCUCGCCGCCUCGGCUCGUCGAGUGCGGUGCGGUCGAGCUCCUCUCAAGCGCGUUGCCGCCCCCGCCGCCCCGGCGCGCGAGCAACAAGCCGCCCUCCCCCGCGUCCGCCACCGGCUCCGCGGCGUCACUGUGGUGCUGCUCGCGCGGCGGCGUUCACUGCGAGGUGGCGGGCGAGGGUUCUCCCUCUGGCGGCUGGUGGCGGAAUGCGAGCGGCUGGAUGCAGGGUCCCGCCCUCGCCGUCUCGUCGCUGCACCUCGUCGGCGCCGAGCUGGCGCCCGGCGUCCUCCCCGACGCGCUGGCGGAGCUGGCGGAGCUGCGUGAGUUGCGGCUCUCCGCGGCGGCACACCUGACAGGCACCCUCCCCGCCUCGGCGCUCCUCUCUCUGGCAGCGCUCGAGGUGCUCGAGCUCACUCGGGUGAACGUGUCGGGCACCCUCCCCGCCGGCCUCCUCGCCUCCCUCCCCCUCCUCGACGAUCUCGCCCUCUCCGGCACCCGCCUCAGCGGCUGCCUCGCGCUCGGCCGCAUCUCCGACCUCGAGCUCCUUCACCUCUCCAGCGCGGCCAUCUCCGGCACUCUGCCCGCCGAGCUCUUCACAGCCCUCGGCCCCACGCCGGUGGAGCUCGUCGUGCGCCGCGUGUUUCUGUUUCACGCCGCGGGCUCGCUGCCGGCGAGCAUCUCCGCCGCGACGGCGCUGCAGCUUUGCUAUCUGCCGCAGGACCGGCUGCGCUGCCCGCUGCCGCCGCUGCCGCAGCAGUGCGCGCUCGGCAAAGACGGCGGGCGGCUGUUUUGCGAGCUGCGUCUCGGGAACGACCACUACGGCGUCAACGUGAGCGAGCGAGUUCUCGACACCCUCCUCACCACCGCCGCCGUGCUGUGCUCGCUCGCGGCCGUCGCCGCGCUGGCCGCAAAGACUCGCCGGUGGCGCAGGCGGCGGGCGGAGCGGAGGCGCGUGCGCAAGGAGCGGCGGCAGGUGGACACGGAGCUCGCCUCCAUCUUCGACAGCCGCGCAGAGGCGUUCGACACGCUCGAGAUGCGCGAGGCGGCGAGGCGGCGCGCCGAGGCGACGCUCGUCCGCGACGCGGGCGCCGAGCUCUCUCGGCACUUGCUUGCGGGGGCGCCAUACUCGGCACCUUCGCGUCGGUUAGGCGGCGAGCAGCAAGGAGACGAGGCGGCGUCCGAGGACGCGACCCGAGCCAGUCCGGCGGGCGGCCUCGUCGGGCGGCACGUGCAAGCGCGGCUGACCGGUGGGAGGGUGGUGAGCGGCGUGGUGACACGGCAGGUGGGCGGGCGAGUGCGCGUCGAGUCCGUGCCACGGCCGUCCUCGCCCGUGCUUGACCGGCCGCCCUCGUGCUGGGCCGACGAGGGGGACGCGACGCCGAUCGGGGAGGCUGAAGCCAUCCUGAUGCGCGCGACGCGUGGGGUAGCAUCCACGAGGCAAGAGGGCGACGAGGAGAGGAUGUUUCCGGACCGGAGGCUCAACCGGCCAAGUGGGCCGCCGCCCAUGCCGCCGCCGCUGCCCUCGGUCGUGCCCUCGGAGCGCGCCGAGGCGCGCGUCUGGGCAAGCAGUGCGUCUCAUCGCGAUGUGAGAGUCGACGCUGUGACGCCGCCGCUCGCCGGCUAG